CCAUGACCGAGAAGGCACAGCCGGGGGAGUGGGCCCCCCCCGGCUGGUACCACAAUCUGGCCCGCGCCUCACCGCUGCCGCCGUCCGAUUUUGAGAGAGACUUGUUCCCCGUGCCGAUGAUGGCUGCGCCGGGCGGCUCCGCCCGUGGGCGCAGGUCUCAGCAUAGGACUCACGCUCGGCAGCACGAGGUGGAAUUGGUGAAUCGCGCCCUCCGCAGCUUGAACUGGUUGGCUGGCUUCAAGGGCGCUGCCGCUUCACCGAGUCCGGGCGCAACGACCCUGGACAAGCAUGCAGCCCUUCAGCAGCACUUGCUUCGUGAAGCUCAUCGGCGACAGGCCGCAGCUCCGCAGGUGAUGCCGAGGGCGGAGGCAGCCCUGAGGGAGCUGCUCCGGGGGCAGUCCGUGUACGAGACGGACUUGGCCCCAAGGGACCUCGUCUCCUACCUGCCCGGCAAGGUCUCACUCCCCGACAGCGUGCUGGACUGCCGCUUCAUCGAGGAUAUCGUGAGCCCUGGGUGCCGCUCGUUCUUGGAGGAGAACCACAAGCGUAUGAGGUUGGAGCCGGAGUCAGUCAACUUCGACAGCAUGCCGCGGCUAUACAUGGACCCGGUGCUGAAGAGGAACCCCAAAUCCUACCGCACCUUUCUGCGAGAUCUUGCUGGACGCGGACUUCUUGGUGUAACGGCUAGGCCCGCCGAGUCGGUGGGCCUGUUUUUCGUAGCUAAAACGAACGGGGCACAGCGUAUGAUAAUUGAUGCGAGGCGGAGCAACGGCCACUUCAGAGCUCCGCCAGGUGUGCAGCUUCUCAGCAGUGAGGGUUUCGGUCGGAUCGAGAUCGAGUUGCCGCCUGGUGUUCUGCCCUCGUCGGUUGAGGGGCAGCGGCUCCUGGAUGCCUUCGCCGUCUACGUGGCCACCACCGACGUGAAGGACUGCUUCUACCGGAUGCGCGUACGCGAGGACCUUGGCCGCUACUUCUGCCUGCCCGCCGUCCCCAAGUACGUGUUCGACGGCCUGCAGGUGACCGGCGUCCCGGCGGAGACCCCGCCAGACGCUCCCGUGCGGCCCCACUUGGCCGUGCUGCCCAUGGGGUUCACGUGGUCGUUGUACCUGGCCCAGGCGGCGAAUGAGGACAGGGCGUGCCAAAGCCCCAGCCUGUGCAAGGCGAUGCCGGCUGGCAGGCAGCAGCCCUUGAUUCAGGACCAGGCCGAGGCCUUCGUGCUUCGCGCCGCCUCGCGCGGGGUCGGGGGCGCCUACGCGCGCGUGGACAACCUAGGCGCCGUGUCGGACGACGCCGAUCUCAGUGAGAGGAUGGUGUCAGAAUGGAGCGAUCUUUUCGAGCCGGUCGGGCUGGCGCUCCACAAGUCAGAGUCCCACGGGGGCGCUGGUGAGGCUCUCGGCACCGAGCUUGACGGCGUCCGCCUUCGCUCGGGGAUCACCUCGAGCCGGUUUUGGAAGCUCGAGCGAGGCUUAACUGGCCUUCUCGCUCGGGGGCGUUGCAGCGGCCAGGCACUUGAAAAAGUAAUCGGGCAUUGCACGUUUUGCGGCCUGGCGGCUCGUGAGUCCCUGUCUAUCUUCCACACUGUCUAUAAGUUCAUUUCGGUUCAGUAUCUCGACGUGGGCCCGAUGUGGCCCGAAGUGGUCGAGGAGCUCGUAGCUUUUAGAGGGGUCCUUUUGCUUCUGGGCCGCGACUGGUGGCUGCCAUGGAACCCCUGCGUUUUAGAAACCGACGCCAGCCUAGCGGGCUGGGCGAUGGCCCGAAGCUUCUGGGACCCAGCUCAGGUCGCCGGCGUCGGUCGUGUCAGCGAGCGCUCCCGUUUCAAGCGCGUCGGUGCUCACUCCGCUCGGGAAUCCGCACUCACCUCCGCCCACCUCUUCCGUGACGAGUCAGGCGAGUGGAGAAGCCAGCUUCUAGGAGACGAUCCUCUUUCAGACGACUGGGAGGUCGUUGCGGGUUUUCCCGAAGUCCCCUGGCAGCUCCUCCGGGGCUCGGCCUGGAAAACCGUCCGGAAGGGGGUUUGGGGCCUUAGCGAGGGUAUUCUGGUGCUGGAGGCCCGGGUCUUGGUGAAGGCCAUCCGUAGGCUCGCCAGGACCAGACACGGGUCUUGCAUCAGACAACUUUUCUUGUGUGACAAUAUGGCCGUGGUCCUUGCUUUUGCCCGCUCGAGGAGUCAGGACUUCAAGCUUCUGGUCCAGAUUCGACGCUUCAGCGCUUACGCUCUUGCCCUUGGCAUCGCCCCAUAUUUUAGAUGGAUCCCUUCGGAGUUUAACCAGAGCGAUGCCGGGAGCCGCGAUCACUCGGAAGAGUCUGUCCCGACGGAUGUGUGCUCGGACGCUGCAGCCGACGUGGGCCCCAGUGCGGCCGAUCUCUCCAGGGCGAGAAUGCUGACGGGGCCCCAGAGAGCGACGGAGGCACGUGGGCCCAGAGCCCGCCUCGACGUGCCGACGGGGGUCCACGGCGCCCGGCCGGCCCGGACACGCUUGGAGCGCCGCCCUUGCCAGCUGCCGACGCCGCCUCCUGUGGCGCUCGAGGGCCUCGCUCCCGCGGCCUCCGCUGGCGACGACGAGGCGGGCGCCGAGGGAGAGAACGAGUCGAACGGGCCCGACAACGUGGUGAACCAUGCGACGGCGGCUUCGAGGAGAUCUCGCCGCCUCCAGGACUCCCGGCGCCAACGCCAAGCGGCCCUCCACACGGACAUGUUCACGCAGGCCGUUGUCGGGGGGCCCGCGUUGCUGGAGCGUCUGGCGGUGACUCGCCGGGCGAGGGAACGCUGCGCCAAUUAUCUCGAUCGUUCUUACUCGCAUGCCGACCCGACCAACGACAAGCUCAUGAGGGGCACGAACGAGGCCGCGGACUGCUGGGCGUGCAACUACUUCAACGCGAUGUACCUGUCCGAGGAGCAGAGCGGCCUGGAGGACCAGACUGGAACUGCCCUGGUGGACCGGCGCCCAGCUUUCGACCAGCGGGACGGGGGAGCCCCGCCGCGGACGUGGCGGGCGCUGGAGGCGUGGAGACGACGGGCGCCUCCGCGGACCCGCCAAGCACUGCCGUUCGCCGUGCAGUCGCCGGGGGUGUGGCUGCUGGCGGACAAGGGCCUCCCGCUCAUGGCUCUGUUCUUAGCGGAGCGCCUCCUGGACUCGAGUUACUUCCAGGGGGCAGGCCCUCUAUUCCCCGAGCCCGAAGUGAGCAAAGACCGGCCAAUGCUGUGGCCUUUCGCGUACCUGGAGCUUUCAGAGGCGGUGCAGCUGGCGGCGGCCGAGGACGGGGUCGACAGGUUGACACUGUACCACCUCCGCCGCUCAGGCGCGAGCAUCGACGCCAGCAAGCUCUCGCGUGCCCUAGAGGAGAUGCGGUUGCGGACCUGGCAGUCGCUC